UUGAAUUUGGCUAUUCAAGGACAAACACAUUAUUCAUUGUACUUACUAUCAAUUCGAUGGACACAACUGACAUUUAAACGCAUUUCGAAGAAGCCAGUUGAAGAUGUUCCUGCUAAAUAAUAUUCGUUCUCCAUUGUCAAACACGAUUUCUAGAAUUCUGCCAAAAUUUGGUAGUUUGUAUGCAAACCAUUUGUCUAUCGACUCAAAAUCAUCUAUACCGCAAGCAUCUGCUAAGAGUGAUGAGGAAGAUACAGUUUACGAAGUUUAUGAUGAUCAGUGGGAAGUAGACCCACCUAUUGAACAAGUUUAUGCAUCACAUGAAGUACAGCCUAUAGGACAGCUACCGUUUCUACGCAUGAAAAGUCUUUUUAAUGUCCCCGAAUUAGUUGAAGUACUAAAACAUCGAAAUGUCCAGGAUAUUGUAUGCUUGAAUGUUGGCAGUAGUUUUGUUGCUCCUUAUAUGGUUAUCGGAAGUGGUUUAUCCAGAAGACAUAUUCAAAGUACUACAGCCUAUGUACACAAAUUACUGAAGUAUAAACUCAAAGAUACGAAUAUACCUAUGCCAUUAUUUCGUGGAGAUGAUGGAUCGUGUGAAUGGAUAGCUGUUGAUAUGAGUACAAUUUUCCUCCAUCUGUUUAUGCCUUCUACCAGAUUAAAAUAUGAUUUAGAAUCUCUUUGGUCCGCUGGUCCACAGUAUGAUGAACAAUUGAUGAAGAAAGCUAAACUGGAGCUACCGAAUAAAUUUAACUGGGAGGAAUUACUUUCUGAAAUACAACAAGUAAAGCAAUCCUAAGGAUGGUGAAAAAAACAUGAUUUAUCAAACUGUACAUAAAUGUGUGUACGAUAAUCACCUUAUAAGGUGUGUAUAUAUAG